AUGGACUUCUCCCUGGGACUCCGUGUGGGGCCUCGGAACAAGAAGGUUGCCCGCCACCAGCCUCCGAUGCCCUCUGGGCAUGGCCCACCUGCUGUCUCUCCUAGCCUUGCCUGCCCCUCCUCAGUCUGUGCCUGCCCCUGCCCUGCCUGCCCCCUUCCCACCUGCUCCUGCUCUGCCUGCCCUUCUUCUGUGGCUCCCUGCCCCUCCUGUCCCAGCUUGCCUGGCCCACCCUGUGUCUGUUCGUACCCUCCCUGUCCUGCCUGUCCACCCUUGGUUGUCCCCCAUACCUCCUGCAGCCUCUGUGCUGGUGCACCAGUGACCUGCUGCCACCUCCCGCCUCGCCCGGUUUACCCUUGCUCCAAAGGCCGAGCUGCCUACCCCAUCUCCUGCUGGGGCUGCCUCGACAGCUGCAAUCGUGGCCCAGGGGCUGCUUGGGGGCCUCCAGGUGCCACUGAAGGACGCAGCAGCUGCUGCUGUUGCUGCUGCAGUUGCAGCAAGGGGCAACACACCUCUCCAGGGCGCUGCCAGAUAGCAUAG